AUGAAACAUUGCUAUAUUAACUCACCAACCAAUUACUACUUGUUUCCAUCAGGUAUAUUACAACGUUUUAGCGAUCAACUUGUACUUGGUCAACAUCAGCAUUCUCCUAUGAAUAUCACAACCAUUGUGAAAUAUCCAGUUCUGGUCGAAAUUGUGUGCAAACCCUAUGAACGUGGUAGUCCCGUAGUGAAUAGCUGCGCAAGACAGAAGUUUUACAGGUUCAAAUCUCAUCUGCGUGUUGAACUUGACUACACUUAUCCGUCCAACUUACCUCAUUACGUUGCAAUGCGGAACUCUCUGGUACAGUUACCCGACCGUCAAGCAAACACAUUUCUAAAUGUUGGUGAUCUUUUGUUUUAUUGUGCCCGUGCGUUUAGCAUAAAAGGUUCAUUAGAUUUGGUGAGACGUUGUUUCAAGAUUAGUAAAUUGCCUGAAAGAAUUUGGUUUGAUGUCGGACCAUUUGUUGAACAGAUUAUAGCAUACACAAAUCCACUUGGCAUAUUGUUCGGUUUGGGAGCAAAUGGUGGAGGUGUAAUAAUGAGUAAGGAUUUGGGAAGAACAUGGAUAUCAAUCAACCCAUUCAUGUAUCAAAGAACUUUGAACACGUCAACUGAAAUCAUCACAGCAAGUGUCAUACCAUGGAUUUCAUUGACUGGUUCAAUUGACAAUACAUUGUUUGAGUCAUUUUGCAAGAUGCGAGUGGCUGAACAAUGGAAUGAUUCCUGUGAUGAUGAUGAUGAUGAUGAUGAUGAUGAUGAUGAUGAUGAUGAUGAUGAUGAUGAUGAUGAUGAUGAUGAUGAUGAUGAUGAUGAUGAUGAUGAUGAUGAUGAUGAUGAUGAUGAUGAUGAUGAUGAUGAUGAUGAUGAUGAUGAUGAUGAUGAUGAACUAGAUACUACGUUUUACUGA